CCUUUGGAAUUCGUUUCAAAAUUUGAAAAUCAAAAUGUCAAUAACAAACAAAAAUUUCAAUUUUACUGUAAAGAGAAAAUGAAUAGCUUGAAUAUAGGGUGGUGGAACUCCACAAAACUACAUACUUUCAAAAUAUAUAAUCUAGAGGAAAAUGAUGUUGUUGAAACAGCCAAGUUGAAAAUUAUGAAAAUGUUACAUAUAAGUGAUGAAGAAAAAUUAGAAUUGAUUUAUCGUGGAGUUAUUAUGAAAAACUUUGAAAAAAUUUCCAAUUAUAUAAAAGACAAUAAGUCACUAAUUUUCAUGAUAAAAAUGGAAGACAUACAUACUAGGACUGAAAAUUACCCAAAAAAAGAUUUGCAGAAAAUAUUCGAAAAAUACAAUGAGGCUUAUUUGCAGCCUGGAUUCAAAGAAAUCAUACUGAGAGUCAUUAAACGAGAAACGAUAACUGAUCUUUUGGAUGCUAUUCCUGAACUCUCUGAAGAUUUAGUUGCAUUGUCAAUUAUCAAGGAUAUAAGUCUUUUUGAAACAAUCCUGAAACCCAGUGUAAUGAAAGAUCAGCUGAAGAAGCAUCCAACGUUGCUUAUGUCUGUGGAUUAUUUGAUUCGCGAAGUAAUAAAAAACACGAACGGAAGAUUACGUUCUUCGGUUCAUCUAACAGAUGAAGAUUAUUCUGAAUCUGAUGAUAUAGAAAUUGAUUUCGAUACACCCAAUGUAUCUGGCUUCAAUCAUAAUAAUAUACCAUUAUUUUCCUUUUCGGAUGAUGGUGGUAUUGUAGGAACGUUAAUCCAUAGUAACAUUUUUGAAGAUGUGCUUAUGGACGUUUUAGACGAUCAAAGAGACGAAGGUGGACAAGCCCUAGAGAACAAUCCAUCCAGUCUGUCGACUCAGCUUCAUCAAAUGCAUGAAUUGGGGCUAUUUGACGAUUUACUCAAUUUCAGAGCUCUUCAAAUAGCAGGAGGAAACGUGCAACACGCGGUAGAUUUAAUUUUGAAUAGAAUUAUUGAAUAAGAAAUCGGCUCAAUUAAUUCAUGUUUGUUAACUAUGGAAGAGCAUCCUCCAUAUCGUUAACCAACCUGAUGUAACAAAUUGAAUUCAACCCAAGAGAUGAGGCUCCUAAUUCUUCAUUUUUCUACCUAACCUAAUGUAACCGACUGAACCCAA